GCCAACCUUGACAAUCUCCUUCCCUCUUCCCUGGAUCCGGUUCCACUCAGGAAAUUUGAGGUGUAAAUCAGGAUGCCCCUCCCAGUGUAACGGGGAGAAUACUGCGCCGUGGGAGGUGCUGCUUCAAGGCUGUACGUUGAACGAGGUAAUACAGACCUUGGGGUGACGUCCUUCUUCACAGAAUGGAGGCCGCCACUGGCAAUGUCCCCUCUUCCUGUGACUGCUUCGUUGCACUCCCACCGGCCACCGAAGGGAAAGAAGUGAUUUUUGGGAAAAACUCGGACAGACCACGGGAGGAAGUCCAGGAAGUGGUCUACUUUCCUGCAGCUGAACAUGCAAAGGACUCCAAGGUAGAGUGCACGUACAUUGAAAUCGAUCAGGUGGAGAAGACGCACGCAGUGAUUCUCAGCCGCCCAGCCUGGCUAUGGGGAGCAGAGAUGGGCGCCAACAAGCAUGGCGUCUGUAUAGGCAAUGAGGCCGUGUGGACCAUAGAACCUCUAGAAGAGAAGGAAGCACUGCUUGGAAUGGACCUUGUCAGGCUUGGGCUGGAGAGAGGUUCCACUGCCAAGCAAGCACUGGACGUCAUUACUUCCCUGGUGGAGCUCCAUGGCCAGGGAGGGAACUGCAAGGAGUCCCAGGAAGCAUUCAGCUACUACAAUACGUUUCUAAUCGUGGACCGAGGGGAGGCCUGGGUGCUGGAGACGUCUGGGAGAUACUGGGCCGCUCAGCAAAUUACAGAAGGUGCCAAAAAUAUCUCCAAUCAGCUGACCAUCACCACGGAAAUCAACGCGGAGCAUCCCGACCUUCGGAAUUAUGCCCAGGGUCAGGGAUGGUGGGACGGCGAGAGGGAGUUCAACUUCUCCCAGGUUUUCUCUCUGGCCAACCCGCCAGCGAGGAUGGAGGCGGCAAAGGCUCGUUACUCUGGAGGCUGCGAGCUGCUUCACAAGCAAGAAGGUAGCAUUAAUGCAGAGACUAUCAUGGACAUCCUACGCAAUAAGGAGACUGGGAUCUGCAUGGACUCUGGAGCAUUCUGUACCACGGGCAGCAUGGUGUCCAUCCUGCCCCAAGACGAUGACUUGCCUUGCGUGCAUUUCUUUACAGCAACCCCUGACCCAUCAAGAUCCGUCUUCAAGCCCUUUAUCUUCAUUGAUGAUGUGACACCCGUUCCUAUGGUGAUUUCUCCGUAUUAUGGGGAUGAGGAUCCUGUCCGGAAGCAUCCUCGGUUCCAGAGCAGUCGGGAUCGUCGGCAUGAGUUGUACAAGGCACAUCAGCAUGCCAAAGCCACCAUGGAGAGUGGGCAGGAGCAGGGUGAGAAGUUACACCAGACUAUGCAGAGCCUUGAGAGGCAGGGCCUGCAAGCUAUCAAGAGCAUGUUGACCAGUGGAGGGUCCUUUGACCCAGAAGAGAUGGCAGAUUUGUUCUUCGACUGUGUUGACACGGAGAUCAAGUUUUAUAAAUAGACCACCCCCCUCCCUUCUGAGGUGUCACUUCGCAACUCCUACCAUAUUGAUAACUGCCAGACUGAUGACCUGCAGAAGCAAAGGGAAUGGGUGCCUUCCUUGGAGCCAUUAGUGUCUGUAGAUCACGCGCGCGCGCGCACACACACACACACACACACACACACACACACACACACACACACACACACACACACACACACACAGUCACAUGCCCAAUGAAUUCACUGUUGUAUUGAUUGUUAUCUGAGCCAAUAUUGCCAUUUGCUGCUGCUAUUCUUAAGAGAUUGCCUGUGAGCCGACUGGUGGCCAACCUGUCUGAAGUAUUCAACGGUGAGCUAACUUAUGUAGCGUUGAUUUAAUUUCUCCUACCCCUUCAGUUUUACCUGUUUCAAUGUCCUUCUGAUGCCCCAUUACUGGGAAUGAUUCGACAUACAGUUAAAUGAUAAAAUUAUGUAGCAUUUACUUUAUUUCCAGUUUAAAGGGACCUUGUAUCAUGGAGAAAAUCAUGUACAUUUUCAGAAUUAAUUAAAAGGAAAGCAUAAUCUACUAAAUUGCUGCAUAAUCCUGUUUAUUUUAAAAAUAUAUAUUUACUGGCGUCUCUCUGUCUGUGGUCUGAGGGAUGAAAUUUCUAGUACAUUUAUAUUUUACCUUGUAAUUAAAGACCGCCACCAAGAAGAAAAAAAAACAUUUCCAUGACUUCAGAGAUGCAUUUGUAGCUAGAGUUUGGUGAGAAACACCAGGUAGUUUGAACCGAGUCUGUCCGAGUGGGCAGUGAUGGGUGGUGGGGACGCUUGGAGAUUUUUGGGGAGAGUUUUCCCCACUGCAGAGGCAGGAGAAAAUGAUUUGCCAAUCAUUCCCAAGUUUUGUCCCAUCGCUACUUCCCAUCAUGAUGACAUAGUGUUGACAUUGGAGGUUUUGGAGCAUCCAGGGUGGCACGGAGGAGCUGCUGCCUCACAGCGCCAGAGACCCAGGUUUGAUCCUGAUCUCCAGUGCUGUCAUUGUGGAAUUUGUACCUUCUCCCAGUGGCUGCAUGGGUUUUAUCCGGGUGCUGUAGUUUCCACAUUCCAAAGACAAGCGGAUUUAUAGGUAGACCAAAAUGCUUGAUUAACUCAGCGGGACAGGCAGCAUCUCUGGGGAGAAGGAAUGGGCGACGUUUCGGGUCGAGACCCUCUUCAGACCCCUCUCCGGUGGGUUUAUAGGUUAAUUGGCUUCGGUAAAUUGUCCCUCAUAUGUAGGACAUAGAACUGGUGAACAGGUGAUCGAUGGUCAGCGUGGACUCAGUGGGCCGAAGGGCCUGUUUCCAUGCUGGAUCAUUAAACCAAACUGAUUAUCUUGAUGCUUGAAAGUUUAUCAUAUCAACACAGAAUAUUAAAUUUAUUGAUCCUCAAAUUGAAAACUGUGAUGCAGAAACAAUACUUGAAAUGAUUUUCAUGGAAUUUUAGUUUGUUGUGCUCUUUAAAAUGAAAUGAUGUUGUAUUUUCUUGCUUCCACCCUUCAUUACACUUUCUCAUCCAAUCUGGUUUUAUACGUCCAAUGUAUGAGCAACCCAUAUGAAGAAUAUAAUUUCAUCUUUCCUCAUGAAUGUAUCAACUUUCAUCUGCUAUCUGAGCUUUUUAGCGCAGUGGGUUUAUACUGGACUGAUAUGGUUUGAAUUGCAAGUUAAUACACAGACUAACGGGUAGCAAAUCUCCAAAUGUCUGCUUCAAACUAAUGUUUGAGCCAAUGAUUUCAAGGGAUAGCAGUAUGGACCAGAUGUGGGUACAUGUUCAGUUUAGGUACAUGUUCAGGUUAUUCUGUAGUCUUCAAUAUUGUGAGCAAUUCUGGUGAAUACAUUUCCAUUUAUGCCUUUCUGAAUGUGAAAUAAAGAAAUGUGUGAUCU